CCCCUUGGAAAUCCUACGGGAAUUCCCCCUGUUGCUAGAAGUGCCACAUGGCUCUGAGGAGAGUUCUGCAGAAGCUCACAACACUUGCAGUGUGCAGAGUGAGAGGCUGCAGCACACACUGUAGGAGGAGCAGACACUUUUCAUCAUUCUUCUCUACUAGUGAUACAGUAUUUGCUCUCUCCUCUGGGUACGGGAAAUGUGGAGUGGCAGUGAUCAGAGCAACUGGACCACAUGCUAAAGAUGCCCUGUUGAAGAUCACUGGACUAGAGCGCCCCCCACAGGCGAGACACGCCCUCUUCCGGAGACUAGUGGACCCCCGCAGUGGAGAUACUAUUGACCACGGCCUUGUACUGUGGUUCCCAGGUCCACACAGCUUCACUGGAGAGGACUGCCUGGAGCUGCAGAGUCACGGGGGACCAGCUGUGGUAGUGGGUCUCCUAGGAGCACUGGAGGGCGUGGCUGGUUGUAGACACGCUGAACCAGGAGACUUCACCAAGAGAGCAUUCUUCAAUGGCAAACUUGGACUGACAGAGGUAGAGGGAUUGGGCGAUCUCAUCCAUGCUGAAACAGAAGCCCAGAGGAAGCAAGCACUCAGACAAAUGGAGGGUGAUCUGGGGAGACUGUAUAAAAAUUGGACCACAAAACUUACACAGUUAGUAGCCCAUAUUGAAGCUGUCAUCGACUUUGGGGAAGAUGAGAAUAUCGGGGACAAUGUAUUGCCUCAAGUGAGGAGCGAGGUGAAGGAGCUGCUAACAGAGGUCGAGGUUCACCUUAACGAUGGUCGCCGUGGAGAGAGACUACGCAGUGGAGUACAUGUGGCAAUCGUAGGAGCUCCCAACGCGGGCAAAAGCAGUCUCCUUAACAUACUCUGUCAGCGUCCAGCUGCUAUAGUGUCCCCACAAGCUGGCACCACUCGAGAUGUACUAGAGUCAGCUCUGGACAUUUCUGGCUACCCCAUUGUACUGAGCGACACGGCUGGUAUACGAGAGUCUACAAACCCUAUAGAGCAGGAGGGAGUUCGAAGGGCUCUGCAAAGAGCUGAGAAUGCUGAUUUGAAGAUUCUUAUUGCUGACUCAUCACUCCUAUCCUCUCAACUCAUAAAUGACCACCUGUGUAACCCUGACACCACCCCCUCUGACCUGGCACAGCUGUUUCUACACCCACACAACCCAGCCGAGAAUGUGUUUAACGAUCAUGACACAAUAGUGGUACUGAACAAGGCAGAUCUCUUGUCAGAUGGCGAUGUAAAGCAAUGGCAUGCAUCUAUCAGUGAGGAGAGUAAGAUAAAACUAUGCUGGAUGUCGUGCAAAACAGAGGAAGGGGUGGAGGGAUUUCUACAGCAAUUAAAGAGCAUUCUGGAAAAAAUGUGUGGAAACCCUUUGGCUGGCAACCCCAGUAUAACACAAGCACGACAUCGCCAGCAACUCACGUUGAGUCAGGAAGCUCUAGGAAACUUUAUGAGUCUCACACUUGAGCCAGAUUACUGGGACAAGAGUUUGGACUUGGCAGCUGAAGAGCUGAGAACAUCUAUUAGACACUUAGGUAGAAUCACUGGCAAAGUUGGCAUUGAAGAGAUUCUUGAUGUUGUGUUUAAGGAUUUUUGUAUAGGAAAAUAA